AGAGCUGACUAUUACAAGGAAGCUAGCAACGCAUUGCACGACACAACAUACGUGCCAUUUAGAUUAAUAGGAUAAUAGUUAGAAGGAUGUUAGAUAUUCACGAACGGAGCUCUCGGAUUCGUUCAAGUAACUAGCUGUAGUAAGUAUGUCAUCGACGAACGUACAUGAAACUAGUCGUCGUCAGGACGAAUUUAGCAUUAUUAGCGAUACAUUAACACUCGUGAAAAAAUCGUCGAACUUUAAACCAGCCAUAAGACCGAGCUAUGGAGACUUGAUAAUAAAUGGAUGUUCUAUUCAUUAUAUGAGGUCAAUUGCCUCCGUGAGGUCCUCCGCGAUGAUGAAGUUCGCUACCGCCGUUCCGGUUGAGCAACCACGAAAGUUGCUUGUCCCGGUUUUCGCAGUUUUUCACAUUCGCUUCGAAAUUACCUGGAUGAUUGUGUCCAGAUUAACCGGCGGUAUCAACCGCAGAACCUAAGCGAUCCAUCAGCCCGCGGCGCGAGAAGCGCCUGCGGGCACAUCUUGCUUUCACUUGACUGGUCUCGCGCGCCGAGCCACGUGCAUUGGAGAACCGCACGCAGCAUGGAUGCACGUCGAGCCGAUAUACCGAGCUGAUAUAUCUGGGAAGAGGAAAAAGGAGGGACUGGUCAAUGUUUUCGCGUACGCAAUCCGAUUGGACCGAUAGAUAGUUUCGCGAGAUCGCGAGAUCGCGUCUCGUUAAAUUAGUAUCGCCCGUCCGCGAUCAAGACCCCCUGGUGUUAUGGCGCCCCUCGAGCUUGGCACCCAAGUACA